AUGGCCGGCAGCAUAGGCUCUGGUGGCUCCGGUAAUAUCGUACACACCCUACUCCUGGUGUUAGGAGUGGUUCUCACCGCUGGUGUGCUUGGAGUGGUGAUCGCAAUUCUUGUCAACGAAUCCAGCAGUACCAAUAACAACAACUACUACGGAAAUGGAAAUGGAACCAACACGAACACGAUCUACAAUGAGACGGUCGUUUAUAACAACACACUCGUCUACAACUCCACAUCCACCUUCAACAAUACCAACACCUACAACCAAACUGUAGUUCAAGUCGUCUACCAAGACAAAGAGUCCGCUGCCGUCAAUGUUGCCCCGCCGAGAAAGAUCACAACUGAUAGCAACAAGUUCCAGUCGUACCAACAAGUCGUACAGUUGUUCAAGGCAUCUGUGAAUCUGUCCGUUGAUCCCUGCAACGACUUCUACGCCUACACAUGUGGAAACUUCAAAGGAGACAUGAGCUUCGACGUUUCGGAUGAUUCGAACGUUGCUGAUAUGGUCGCACAACUCACCAACGAUAAUUACAUUCAGACUGCGCCAUUGCCAGUGAAACAAACUCGUUGGUAUUUCGAUCAAUGCGUUCAAGCUCGUCAAAACUGGAACACUCUCGUCGCCGAUGGAGCCGUCGUCACCAACGCCAUCAAUGCCCUCGCAGCCGGAACUCAAAGAUUCGAGAAACAAACUCAAUUCCCAUUCCCAAUGUUAGAUCAGAAUAAGGAUGUGACCGCUUACCCUGGAAACUUUGGACUCGGAUACCUUGUUGGAUCCUUGGCCGCUUCUGGAGUCAGCACUUUUGUCUCGGCUCGAGUUGACACCAACUGGAAGGAUCCUGCUGGUCCAGAAGGAUUCGCUUAUUUGAUCGAUCAACCAACAACUUUUGCUCCAAACACUUAUUACUUGAAGGACUGGAAUGAUCUCAGCGCCAACCUCCAGGACUCGAUCACGAAAACUAUGCUUCUCUUGGCUAAAGUGCAGGGCAAGACUCUUGAUCCGACUAUCCUCGCUAAGGAUGUUCAAGAUAUUAUCCACCUUGACUACGUUCUCGCCACCAACUUCUCCACUGAUGACACCACCCGCCGUCAAUAUGACAGAAGUUACAAUCCAAACACUUUGAAGCAGCUUAUCGCUCAAUAUCACGACGAUAUCUUCAGCUGGAAUAUGUUCCUUCCCCUUUCCGUCGGAUCGGCUGAACAAGUCUUAGACAAACUUCUCAUGCAGAGUGCCUACAAUUACUUUAUCGUUAUGGAGCCAGUUAAGAUCAAUAUGCUCUUCGAGGCUCUCAAUGAUCAAAACAAAUACGGAAUCACUCCACGAGCUGUUGUCAACUACCUUUACUACCGUCUCGUCGACUCGUUGAGCAACUUCCUUCCAUGGCCAAAGACCACCACACUGGCUCGCCCAUUCACCAAGAUCGCCAAGCAACCAGUUGGACGUCCAAGACACGUUCUUCCACACGAGAGAAAAUACGAAAUCAAGCAAAUCGAUGAUAUCAGUGAUGCCCAAUACAGUUGUGCUGCUGAGACUAUCGACCAGAUGCAGUAUGCCAAUGCUCGUAUCUUCGUCGACAAGAUCUAUCCAACUGCUGAUGACCGAAAGAAUGUCCGUGAGCACGUCGCCAAAGUUGCCAGCAGCAUCGUCAUUGGAUUCCGUUCAAUGAUUGAUCAACUCAACUGGAUGACCAGCUCCACCAAGAAGGGAGCCUAUAACAAGAUCGAGAAUCUCGUUAAGAACAUUGCUUACCCAGACUGGAUCACCGAUGAUGCCCAACUCACUCAAUACCACACUCAAAUGAACUUCAACCAAACCAACGAUUACAUCACCAUGUACUUCAACGCUCAAAGCUUCAACCUUUACUCGAUGUGGGAUCAACUUGUCCAGGGAGCCGCUGACCGUACAGGGUUCAACGGACCACCAGGAAUUACUAACGCUUGGUAUCAGCCAGAAUUGAACUCAAUCACAUUCCCAGCUGGUAUUCUGAAGAAGCCAUUCUACGAUUUCAACUGGCCAGCGUCUGUUAAUUUCGGAGCUAUGGGAGUGAUUGCUGGUCACGAGUUGACUCACGGAUUCGAUGACCAAGGAGUUCAAUGGAAUGGAGUCGGAACUCUCAGCGGAUGGAUGGACGAUCAAUCCAAGGUCUCCUUCACAAACAUGGCACAAUGCGUCGUCAACGAGUACAGCGGAUUCUGCCCACUCGACAAGAAUACGUACGGAGCAGCUGCCUGCAUCGAUGGAGCUCAAACACAAGGAGAAAACAUUGCUGAUAACGGAGGAAUCCACUCAGCUUUCCGUGCCUACAAGAACUACGUCGAUCUCUAUGGACCAGAUCCAGUUCUUCCAGACGACACCUUCCAAUACUUCAAUCCAGAUCAACUUUUCUUCUUGAGUUUCGCUCAAGUCUGGUGCCAACUUCCAGCCGACGAUGCCCAUUUCCUCCGUCAAAUUCUUGUUGAUGUACACUCCCCAUCCAUCUACCGUGUUCUCGGAACUAUCCAAAACUUCCCAGCCUUCAAGACCGCGUUCAAUUGUCCAGCUUCUACAUAUGCUCCAGACAACCAUUGUAACGUUUGGGUCUCUGAUAUUGACACCACCUACGGACUUCCAAAUGUUCAAACAGACCUGCACGUGGCUCCAGAAGCUCCAAUCACUGCUACCGAUGUUGACAAGAUGAAUGCCUACCAAAUGGCUGUUAACUACUACCAGAAGUCGGUCAACACCAAGAUCGAUCCAUGCGACGACUUCUACGGAUACGCUUGUGGAGCAUUCAACCAGCCAGUGUCUUUCACCACCGCCCGUGCCCAAAAUCUCGUCUACAUGGCUCAGAAACUAGAGGAUCCAACAUACCAAGCAAACAUCACUGGAUGCCCAGCCCUCACCAAGGAAAAGCAACUGUACAAUGCCUGCUUAGUCGCCACCGCCACUAAGCAGACUGAAGAUCAGAUGCUUAUUGCCGCCAACUACAUUCAACAACGAGUAACCGCUCUUCAAGGAUUCCUUGGAACUCCAUUCACACUUGUUGCUGGAGGAGCUGCUGCUCUUCCAAAUGCUAAACAAUUGGGUGAUGGACUUGGAUACCUAUCGUUUGAUCAAGGAAUCGACACAUUGAUUAGUCCACUUGUGGAUACUAACUGGAUUGAUAACAGCAAGGGAUACAGAAUGUUCAUUGAUCAGAACACCGCCUAUUUGUCAAAGACUUAUUACCAGCCAAAUGCAUGGAAGAUCGAGAAGCCGAAAUAUUUCGCCUUGGCAUAUGAUGUGCUUCAAAGAUACGCUAAGGAGCAGAACAUUGUUGUACCAAAUACUUUCAAUGACACACUUUCCAAAGUGUUGGACUAUGAACAGACAAUUGCCAUCAAGUACAGUACCAAUGAUGACACUCGAAGACAAUUCAACCGUUCCUGGAAUCUUGUCAAUGUCGGAGACUUGGGAAAAACAUAUUCUUUCUUGGACUGGAUGAUCUAUCUUGGACAUGCUCCAUCCACUGUUAAGGAUAAGGUCACUGCUGCCAAUUAUCAAGUAUCUGUGAUGGAAGUCGACAGACUCACCCAUUUCUCCGCCGACUAUGCCGCUCAGGAUCCAGCCCUGCUUGUUAACUUGCUCUACGUCCGUCUCAUUCUCGGAAACGCCCAAUACGUUCCAAACUACGCAACGGCGUUCCAGGGAAUGACUGAAGAAUCCAUUUUCCUUGGACUCUCGAGAAGAAAGACUAUUCCAAAUCAUAUUCCACCAAGUACUGCUGCUCUUGAAUCUAACGGACCAUCGUGCGCCAGUGUUGCCAAUAACUUGAUGCAGUUCGCCAAUGGACGUGUUUUCGUCGAUUAUAUGUACCCGACACAAAAAGACGUUGACAACAUCCGUGCUUCUGCUGGAGGAAUAAUCAAGAACGUGAUCAGUUCGUUCCAAGGAAUGAUUGACCAGUUGGAUUGGAUGUCUCCAGACACUAAGAAGAAGGCUUACGAUAAGACUGUGAACAUCCAACAAAACAUUGCCUUCCCCGACUGGAUCAAGAAUGAUACUCUUCUCAGCACUUACUACGCCGAUCUCCAGAUUGCUGACACUGACAACUACUACGAUAUUCUCACCAAGCUCGUCAGAUUCAACAUCGAAAUUCAAUACAACCAACUCAACGCCGCUCAAACCGAUAGAACUGAUUUCCUCGGACAACCUGGAACGGUCAACGCUUGGUAUCAGCCAGAGUUGAACUCGAUCACCUUCCCAGCUGGUAUUCUUGUUCCACCAUACUUCCAUCCAAAAUGGCCACCAAGUAUCAAUUACGGAGGAAUGGGAUUGGUUGCUGGACACGAGUUGACUCACGGUUUCGACGAUCAAGGAGUUCAGUGGGGACCAACUGGAAAUCUUGCCGGAUGGAUGGAUGAUGGAUCGAAGACUGGAUUCUUGGGCAUGGCGCAAUGUGUUAUUGAUGAGUACAGCGGUUUCUGUCCAUUGAAUGCCACUCAAUACAGUCCGAACUGUGUCAAGGGAACUCAGACUCAAGGAGAGAAUAUUGCUGAUAACGGAGGAAUCCACGCCGCCUUCAACGCCUACAAAACUCAUCAAGCCCUCGACGGACCAGACCCACGUCUUCCGGAUCGUCUCUUCGGACAAUUCACCCACGAUCAACUCUUCUUCAUGAGUUUCGCUCAAGUCUGGUGCGAAAUCCGUCGUACUGAUGAGAAUUUGUACACUCAAAUCAUGGUUGAUCCACAUUCCCCGUCCAUGUACAGAGUUUUCGGAACUAUUCAGAAUUUCCCAGCUUUCCAAACUGCUUUCAACUGUCCAUUGGGAUCGAACAGUGCUCCAAAGCAGCACUGUGAAGUCUGGGUUCCAAAAAAGUAUCAAUAG